GCAUGCGACCUUAUUCCAGACCUCUCGCUCUGGUAUGCUCCGCGCUUGUUCGCGCAAUUUCUUUGUUGCUUCCUGAAGAGAGGUCUCGCCAUUCGGCCACUCUCAAUUCUCGUUGAAAGUCAGUCAGUCGAAGCGACGCGAUUCACAAAAAUGUGUAUAUAGUGCGUUAUUUGCGAAACAAAAGUGUGAAUUUUAGUCCUUGUAUCCGUUUUCUGUUUUACCGAUCGAAGAAGUAGAUAACUACUCGUUGAAAUCACCGCGGGAUCUCCACAAGGAUAUCUCGUUUCUUUACUCUCUCGUGUGCAUCAUUCCUCUUCUUCCUCUUCACGCCGGAACUCCCGUAGGAGACGCGCGACUUAGACGUACAACGUGCCGUGAAAUUCCCGAUUUUGCGUGUUGAAUCACAUUGCACGUGCACGUCGCACGUUGAACUCAGAAGCGGCUGAAACGUCCCGUAUUGCAUUUACGUUUUCAAGAAACCUCUUUAACACGAAAAAAUAGACGAGUUUCUCGCUCGGUAGUGUGCGCGCAACACCUGGCGGCUGCUGUACUAAACGGUGGCACAUUGGCAGACAAUUAUUAUGCAUUCGAUUCCGGUCGUUCUAGUCGCGACGGCGGCGGCGCUGAUCCUGUUCCUGGACGGGACGCACACCCGGCAUCAGCAUCGCUCGGGGAGUGCCGGCCCGAGGCCGUCUGACGAUCUUUCAAUGUGGAUAAGCAAACAACAAAUAAAAACAUUCUCCGAUUUGGUUGUCCGGGGUGCUCUGAAGUUACCCCCUUCCGUUUACAUGAUGCCUAACAUAGGUCUGGAUUUGGAGAUAUACGUCAUCUCAAAUGGUAGAGUACUAGAGCAUCUUCUCGAUCCGGAAUUGGAGAAUAAGUUGCCCAUAAUUCCUAAUGAGGUAUCACAUGUCAAUUUCACUUGGAAAUCAGGAGCAAAGAAAUAUUUUUACAACUUUUUUCGUUUAAAAUCGUACGACGAGACUAUUUUAAAAACUCCGACGAUAACAAUCAAAAAAGAAGGUCGAGUGCCUAAACAACCAAAAGAAUUUAGCAUUCUGCUACCUUGCACAGGCAAUUCAGGAAUAGCGGAAUUUGGGAUCGCUUUGAUGAUCGAAACGCGGAAAAGAAAACCCCUCGAACGUACACCGAUCGAGUUAAACUUGCGAAAAGAAUGCACCGCGCGCGGUGAGUCCGUCAGUCGCGCCCACGAUCAACACAUCUUCACUCACAUAUACAAGCCUAAUUCUGGUCCGUGUCCAGACGGCUAUCUAGGACCACCUCAUUGUAAAAAAGCAUUGUGUUAUCCAAGUUGUUUAAACGGAGGAAAUUGUACUGCGCCAGGCGUCUGCUCGUGCCCGACAGGAUAUCAAGGCCCAUAUUGCGAAGGAGGUUUGUGUUCACCAAGAUGUGAAAAUGGAGGAAAAUGCAUUAAAAAAAAUAUUUGCAAAUGUCCAAAAGGCUAUUUGGGGCUGCAUUGUGAAUUAUCAAGAUGCGUGAUUCCAUGUCUCAAUGGUGGCAAAUGCAAAGGAGAAAAUAUAUGUCAGUGUCCAGAAGGUUUCUCUGGGAAACAUUGCGAAAUUGGCAGACAUUUAUCGCAACGAUGGCUAUGUUCAAGAUCAUGUAAACAUGGAACUUGCCAGCUAAACAACACAUGCAUAUGCGAUCCUGGUUGGCAUGGGAAGUUAUGUAACAAAAAUAAGCCAUGGGCUUAAGAAAUUAUUGUUCAUUAACUGAUGAGGAAUAUUUCUUGAGAAUGUUAUUUUUAUAUCAAGUAAAUGCCUUAAAAAUGACAAUCCCACUAGAAAAAUCAGCAGAUAUAAUUCUAAAUGCGUUUGUAAUAUAUAUUCUUUAUUGUAUUAAGAAAUGAAAAUCAAUAUGUUAAUAGAAAAAGAAUCUCUUGAUGUUAAAAUGAUACAAUUGCACACUUAAAAUAAUACAUAAAUUGAGAGGUAAGUGCAAAAAAAAAAAUAACUUCACAUAAAUUAAGUUUCAAACAAUUCAAUCAAGUAUUUGCACAAUAUAAAAUUUAUAAUGUACAAUGUACUUUUUAU